AUGGCGACGUCUCACCCCACCUGCCUGGACGACGUGGCCGUGGGUCGCCUCGGCAAAGUCCUGAUGUACCAGAGCAGCGGGCGGCUCUUCCACUGCUACAUCUGCUUCGAUACCAGCAGAGACUUCAGCAAAAUCUUCAAGCACAUCAUCACCAAACACUGCAUGGCCAAGAGGGAGGAGGUGGAAGAAGGGGGAGUUGUAGGAGAGGGGAGCGAGAAGGGUGAAGAGGAGGUAGAGAAGGAUGCUCCUGACAAAAGAAGCAGUGACGUUGAGGAGGCAAACGAUGGAGCGAAGGACACUCUGAAAAGAAAGCGAAACGGCGAGGGAGAGGAGAACGAGGAGGAGCAAAACGAGGAAUCGGUGUCUGUGAAACCCCAAGACGAGAAGAAGAACGCCCUGAUGUUUGACGGCCUCACUUACUGCUGCCUGAUCUGCGGCUGGAGGACCAAAACAAAAUCGGCUUCCGUCAGCCACUUGGUGCGCAAACACGACCUCCACAAAAAGUAUGCGGCGCAGGUCAUCAGGCAAGACGUCGCCUCCAUCGGUCAGAGGCGGGGAGGCGGGGCCGAGGAUGAAGAGGCACCGGGGCUGAGCAAGGAGCUGUUGAAGGAGGAGAUUGAAGCAACGUCCAAGGUGUUGAACUACAUUGGCAGCCGCUACAUUUGCCAGAUCUGUGGCUGGAGGACCAAAGUUAAAGAUUCUGAUGUGAAGCCGGUUGGAUCAUUAUUGAUUCUGAUGUGA